CCCGGUCCCAGACCCGUCUCGCCGCGCGCACGCACGAACGAAGCGUGUUGAUUGACUUCUUUACUCCUCCUCGUCGUCAACGCCAACGCCGAGCCGCCGACACCGACAAGAAGCACAUAAAGCAGGCCAGGCGCAACGCACCACGCUCCUUUCUUCUGGUUGAUCCCACCUGCGAUAAGAUAAUCCACCCCCGUCACGAUGGGCGCUUUCGACUUUCUCAAGACCGACGCCAACCAGCAUGGCUGGCACACGCCGACGUCGACCAUCGACUGGUGCGAGCUCAACUACACCUACUCGUACUACAUUGCCGAGCUGGUCAACACGCUCACCAACGUCCCCGUGAUCGCGCUGGGCCUGUACUGCGCGUAUGCGACCGUCGCCAACGGCGUGCCGCCGCGCUACGCCCUCGUCUACCUCGGCCUCGCGCUCAUCGGUAUCGGCAGCUUUGGCUUCCACGCCAGCCUGCAGUGGGAAUGGCAGCUGAUGGACGAGCUGCCCAUGAUUUACGUCGCAUCGUACGCUGCGUACCUGGUCAUCGACACCCUGCCGGGCUGGAAGCACAGGUUCGGCCCCUCUGGCCCCAUUGCAGUGCUCGCGUGGUGCAUCUUUGUCACGGUAUCUUACAUCUCGCUCCCGAACCCCGUGUACCACCAGAUCGCCUUUGCGGGGAUCAUGACAACGGCGAGCUUGCGCUCCAUCUACUUGCUCUUCCGCCUGCCUGCCGAACGCCGUGCCAAGAUUGCCCGCCUGCUGCUCAUCGGUCUCGGUAUCUUUGUUGGCGGCUUUGGUAUCUGGAACCUCGACAACUACUUCUGCACCGAGCUCCGUGCGACCCGCGCGUGGCUUGAGGACCGCGGCCUGGGCGAGCUCGGACACUUUACUCAAGGCCAUGGCUACUGGCACCUCAUGACGGGCUACGGCGGCGCGCUCCUCUUCACCGCUGCAGUUGCCCUCUGCCUUGAGGUCAAGACCAGCCCAUACGCCUACGACUUUGACGCCACCUCGUGGUUCCCGGUCGUCUACACCGUCCCCCACGACCAGCGUGACCACCUCAAGGCGCUUGAGACGUUGGACGAGAAGGCCCCCCUCGUCGACGCUAGCGGCACGUCCUCUUCCUUCACCGAGAGCCGGACAACAACUGCCAGGCGCACGAGCGACCCUACUUCUGUGGAGCGGGCAUGAAUGAUUCUGCCCCGCGCCACAGUAGACUGAACGCAACGCGCCGAUCUCGAUGCGGACACAUACCCACCCACAGGAAUAGACAAUGACACGCCACUUUGGCCGUGCCCACCCACCUUCGUUGCCCACUUGGCCGCCGCACACGCACCAGUAUUCCUCUACCCCCGCACCACCGUGCUCUGCAUGCCCUCGUUAUCGCAGGCGACGCAUGCAAGAGGAUAGCCCGUAGAACAUAGAUUGAUGCAAUAGUCGUCGUUGUCCCCA